AUGGAGUCUUCGGUUGUGAGCACGUCCACGGCGGUGGGGGAGGAGUUUGACAGAAAUGUCCCGCGGAUCUGUGGCGUCUGCGGAGACAAGGCCACGGGGUUCCACUUCAACGCCAUGACCUGCGAGGGCUGCAAGGGCUUCUUCAGGCGCAGUAUGAAGAGGAAAGCUGCGUUCACGUGUCCCUUUAACGGUAGCUGCACCAUCACCAAGGACAACAGACGCCACUGCCAGGCCUGCAGGCUGAAGCGCUGCGUGGACAUCGGCAUGAUGAAGGAGUUCAUCCUGACAGAUGAGGAGGUACAGAGGAAGAAGGACCUGAUCCAGAGGAGGAAGGACGAGGAGGCUCAGCGCGAGGCCCAGAAGGAGGCUCGCCGGCCCCGACUCUCGGACGAGCAGAGCCAGGUCAUCGCCACGCUGGUGGAGGCGCAUCAUAAGACCUACGACGACUCUUACUCAGACUUCUGCCGCUUCAGGCCUCCGGUUCGUGAAGGUCCAGUGACGCGCAGUGCCAGCCGCGCCGCAUCCCUCCACUCUCUGUCAGACGCCUCAUCAGACUCUUUCAGCCACUCUCCAGAGUCGGACACAAAGAUGAACUUCAACAACCUGCUGAUGAUGUACCAGGAGCAGGGCAGCAGUCCAGAGUCCAGCGAAGAAGAGGGGUCCAGCCUCUCCAUGCUGCCCCACCUGGCCGACCUAGUGUCCUACAGCAUCCAGAAAGUCAUCGGGUUCGCCAAGAUGAUCCCCGGCUUCAGAGAGCUGACGGCAGAGGACCAGAUUGCGCUGCUGAAGUCCAGUGCCAUCGAGGUGAUCAUGCUGCGCUCCAACCAGAGCUUUAACCUGGAGGACAUGUCCUGGAGCUGCGGGGGCCCCGACUUCAAAUACCAGAUCAGCGACGUCACCAAAGCUGGCCACACGCUGGAGCUGCUGGAGCCUCUGGUGAAGUUUCAGGUCGGACUGAAGAAGCUCAACCUUCACGAGGAGGAACAUGUUCUGCUUAUGGCCAUUUGUCUGCUGUCCCCAGACCGGCCCGGAGUCCAGGACCACUCCCGGAUCGAGGUUCUCCAGGAUCGGCUGUCCGAGACCCUGCAGGCCUACAUCCAGCUGCACCACCCGGGCGGACGCCUGCUCUACGCCAAGAUGAUCCAGAAGCUGGCCGACCUCCGCAGCCUCAGCGAGGAGCACUCCAAGCAGUACCGCUCCCUCUCCUUCCAGCCCGAGCACAGCAUGCAGCUGACCCCCCUGGUGCUGGAGGUGUUCGGCAGCGAGGUCUCGUAG